AUGCAUUUCAUUCACUUUUUUCUUGUAUAUAUACCAUCACGAAAUCUCCUUCAUUCGAAUCAUCACCAUCUUCACUCACUCAAACUUUACUUUCAAAGCCAUGGAGUCUCAUUGUUUUCUUUUGGUCUUCUUUCUCUUGGUUGCAACUUCUGUUACACAUGUGGGUUUUGCUGCACCACUUUUCAUACCACUCCCUUUGACGCCACCACGCCACCUGUCGGUUACCCACCACCGAUCACCCCUUCACCCAUCGUCGUUCCAGGUGUACCAUGUUCCACCACACCUCUGCCAUCACCCACAGUUUCUCCGCCAGUUUAUACACCUCCACCGAUUCCAAGCCCACUUGUACCUGUUCCAGCACCAUCUAUUUCACCCACCUCACCCCCAUCGGUGACAGUCUGCCCACCUACAGCAACACCACCUGCUAAUCCACCGACACCCGUUCCAACUCCAUCGAUAAUCUAUCCGCCACACCCUCAGCCACCCAUUGUCACUCCUACUCCGAGCAACCCGCCUAGUAUUGCUCCAGGUAUAUGCAACAGCACAACUCCACCAAUGCCAGCUCCAAUGCUUCCAUAUCCACCAACCAAUCCACCUUCUAACCCACCUAUUGUAACUCCACCACCUCCAAUGACACCGGUAGUUCCACCUUCUCCAAAUUCACCGACCACCCCACCUCCUAACCCAACUCCUGGUGCAACACCACCAUCUCCAGUGACACCGGUAGUUCCACCAUCUCCUUAUUCACCACUAACCCCACCUCCAAACCCAGUUAGUGGUGCACCACCACCACCUCCAGUGACAUCCAUAGUUCCACCAUCUCCUUAUUCACCCAAUACCCCACCUCCUAACCCAGGUGCAUCACCGCCACCUCCAAUGACACCGAUAGUUCCACCAUCUCCGUAUUCACCAAUAACCCCACCUCCUAACCCAGCUCGUGGUGCACCACCACCACCUCCAGUGACAUCGCUAGUUCCACCAUCUCCUUAUUCACCCAUUACACCACCUCCUAGCCCAACUCCCGGUGCAGCACCACCGCCUCCAAUGACACCGAUCGUUCCACCAUCUCCUUAUUCACCCAUCACUCCACCUCCCAACCCAUCUCCCGGUGUAGCACCACCACCUCCAAUGACACCGAUAGUUCCACCGUCUCCUUAUUCACCCAUCACCCCACCUCCCAGCCCAACUCCCGGUGCAACACCACCUCCUCCAAUGACACCGAUCGUUCCACCAUCUCCUUAUUCACCCAUCACCCCACCUCCCAACCCAGCUCCUAGUGCACCACCACCUCCAAUAACACCUAUAGUUCCACCAUCUCCUUUUUCACCCAUCAUCCCACCUCCUAACCCAUCUCCUUAUGUAGCACCACCACCUCCAGCGACACCGGUAGUUCCACCAUCUCCUUAUUCACCAAUCACCCCACCUCCUAACCCAGCUCCUCGUACAACACCACCACCUCCAGUGACACCAAUAGUUCCACCAUCUCCUUAUUCACCCAUCACCCCACCUCCUAACCCAGCUCCUAGUGCAACACCACCACCUCCACUGACACCAACAGUUCCACCAUCUCCAUAUACACCUAACCCUCCACCUUCUCCCACACCAUCUCCUGGGACACCCAGAGUUCCACCACCUCCAUAUACACCCAGCCCUCCAUCUUCACCUACACCAACUCCUCCUCCUGGUGUACCACCAAGUCCAAUGACACCAACACCUGCACCGCUUCCAUAUCCACCCAACACUCCACCUCCAACUAUUCCACUGACACCACCUUGCAUCACCACACCUCCACCACCUACUAAUUCAACUCCAUUAUCUCCCAAUUCACCCAAGACACCACCACCCUUUAUCCCACCGCCAAUCACUCCACCAUCUCCAAAUUCACCCAAGACGCCACCACCAAAUUUCCCACCCGCAAUCAUUCCACCAUCUCCCAGUCCAUCCAUCUUUCCUCCGUAUAUUCCCUCACCAAGUAUUCCUCCCUAUUACCCUAUUGUGGCUAGCCCCCCACCACCUUGCACCAAUGCUCCACCGUUGAUCGGCAAGCCACCAUUAAACUCGGAAGAAUGUUUUUCAUCAUGUGAGUUAAGGUGCGAGUUAGACUUGAAGCAAGACAGAUGCCAUCGAAGUUGCAUGGCGUGUUGCCAUCGUUGUAAUUGUGUUCCACCGGGACAAUAUGGAAACAGGGAGAUGUGUGGUUCGUGCUACACUGAUAUGAAAACUCUUGCUGGAAGACCCAUGUGUCCUUGA